GGCUAACUCACACUGCAGUUUCCAUCUAUGCAGGACAGGCACGUGUCAGUCACCAGCGAAUAUCCUGACGAGGAGGUGAAGAACCUGGAAAGCAGAGGAUUCAAAACCCACCUGAAAUCAUCCGCCUAUAUUCUUUAUAUAUAUACAUACACAGCCGUACACUUGCAGUUUGAAGUUGGAGAAAUUGAAAAAAGAAAAAAAUGGAGAGAGACGGUGAAGGAACAGUGAGUUCACAGACGCAGAGGGUUAACGAUGGUCGUUCAAUUUCACCUACUAGAGUCCGACCCGGACCAGACCCAUUCCUAGUGACUUGUAGAUUAUUCAGCUUUAUUACUGCUUUAGCCGCUAUUCUCUGCAUUGCUGUUAAUGUUUACUCUGCCGUAAGAUCCUUUAAGAAUGGAUAUGACGUAUUUGAUGGAAUUUUUCGCUGUUAUGCGGUGCUGAUUGCGAUUAUUGUGGUUGUUGCUGAGACCGAGUGGGGAUUUUUCAUCAAGUUCUGGAAGGUGUUGGAGUUUUCAGCUGGAAGGGGCAUGCUACAGAUCUUUGUUGCCGUUAUGACCAGAGCUUACCCUGAAGAUUAUGGGCUAAGGAAUGAUCUCAUUCUUCUCCAGAACAUAGCUAGCUACUUGCUUCUCACCUGUGGUGCCAUUUACAUUAUAUCAGGAAUUCUGUGCUUUGGCUUUAUCAAACGUGCUCGCCAGGCGAAAGAAGUCUCCAGGGAGCAAGCCAUAAAGGAUCUGCAGGAUUUGGAGCGUCGAAGAGAAGAGCUUGAAGCAUUGUUGAUACAAGAAAGGGCCUGAUAACAUGGAGCUGAGAUUAUGGCAACAUCAUACCCAGCAUUCGAAGUUGAGGAGAAAACUUGGAAAGGAAAGCUGAAAUCAAGAAAUUUUAUGUUGCGUCUGUUUUACAUGCUUUGUUACCUAUUUGAGUCUUGAGAUUGAAAAUUUUCACUGAUCUAUGCAUUGCAGAUCUGUACAGUUAUAUAGACCACCUUCCUAAUGGCAAUUAUUGUUAUAGACCAGAUGGUUGUCUAUUCCUUGUUAGUUUUAGAAUUUGGACAUAAUGUUUUAGUGUUAGAGCACGACAAAUUAACUAUUUAUUCAGUAGCCUUUACAAGAGAGUUUUUUUAAUGAUGUUUGACUUGC